CAUAAGUUCAUCAACGUAAAAAAAAGAGCAGCAAAUCUACUCAGCCAUCCUUUUACCCCACAGCCACUCUCUUCCACCACCGGAAAAUCAAGAAAAUGGCACCAAAAUCCGAAACCAAAUCCUCAUCAACUCAAUUUUCCGAUCCAUCAGAUGACUACUCAAUCGACCCCAUUUUCCACACUCUCCGUAUCAUCCCUUUCUCAUUCCUCAACCCUCCAAAACUUCGCUUAAAAAUCCCAACAAUAACUCUCCCUUCAUCCAUGACAGUUUACUCCCUUAUCCUUCUUACUUACUUCAUGGUUGUAUCCGGUAUUGUUUAUGAUGUCAUUAAUGAACCACCUGGUAUUGGAUCAACACAAGACAGGUUUACUGGUGCUGUUAAACCUGUGGUUUUUAUGACUGGUCGGGUUAAUGGACAGUAUAUUAUUGAAGGAUUAUCAUCUGGUUUCAUGUUUGUACUUGGUGAUUUUGGCAUUGUGAUGUUGGAUUUGGCACUUGAUAAGAAUAGGGAAAAGAGUGUUAAGGUUUCUUUUGCAUCAGCUGGUGUUGUGUGUGUUGUUAUGGCUUAUGUUAUGAGUAUGUUGUUUAUCCGUAUCAAGAUCCCCGCUUAUCUUCGUUGAAAGAAAGUUUUAGCCUUUUUCCUUGUUUUUGAUAAGCAGUACUGUGUUAUUUUUAGAUUUAGUUUGUCACUCUUUAAAGAGCUUGACAUAUGAUAUGAUUUGGGUAUUUUUGGCUUUUGGUAGUUUUCGGUUAUUGAAACUUGGCUGUUGUCAUUGCUUAUAUUAUGAGUAAGUUGUUUAUCUGCAUAA